AUGGGAAAGGGGACUGACAAGCUCUAUAUUACACAUUCCGAGUGGUCGUCGUCGGAUGCCUAUUCCGCCAGUGCAGGCGCCAAGUCUUCGUCACUGAGCGCAUCCGGGGCUGCUCCAUUUCGUCGUCUGCCCUUUAACUUUUGCGCCGCCAGCCUCCAGCCUUUCAAGAACCCAGUUUGCACAUCCGAUGGCACCAUUUUCGAUGUCGAGGUCAUAAGCGCAUGGCUCGAGAAACACCCGAACCAGAAUCCCGUUAAUGGCGAACCCCUUCACAAGAAGGAUUUAAUCCGCUUGAACUUUGCGCGCAAUGCUGCUUCAGACUCCCUCGGUGCUGGGCUGAGCGACGGCAAAGGCGACUUGAUUGAUCCCGUCACCUACAAGAUCUUCACCGACAACACCCAUAUCGUGGCUAUUCGCCAUGGCACGUAUGCGAAUGUGUUCGCGUGGGAGACGGUAGAGCGCAUGAAUAUCAAAGCCAAGCUAUGGCAGGACCUCGUCGACGACGAACCCUUUAGCCGAGCCGAUAUUAUUACCUUGCAAGAUCCAAAAAAUGCCGCUAGUCGUAAUCUCGAGCAAUUCAAGUAUAUCAAAGAUGGAGAAGGGGCACAGCUUACGAAGGAGCAAGAGGAGGAGCGCAAUGCAGGUGGCAUCAACGCCGGCGCAUUAGGAAGCAUGGGAGACAAGGUCUUGAAGGCAAAGGCCGCUGUCGAGAAGGCUCGCAAAGCACGAGAAGCCGGGGGGGAUGUCAACCGGAGCUCUAGCGCUUUAACAAAACCCUCAGCCACAUCUACAGGUCCAUCAUCGAUCAUAGUAGCAUCCCAGCCUGCGAUCAAUAACAAAAAGCUAGCCGCAAAUGCGGCUGCCUACACCACUGGAAAGGCGGCCGCGAGUUUCACAAGUACUGGCUUGACGCCAGAAACCAGCGGCGAGCGGGCUUUGUUGACGGACGAGGAGUUUAUGCUCAAGCCGAAACGGGUCAAAACCAAGGGCUAUGCUCGCAUAGAGACCAACCUGGGCGACUUGACUGUUGAGCUACACACCGACACGGCGCCAAGAGCAGUCUGGAACUUCAUCAGGUUAGCGCAGACGGGCUACUACAAAGGCGUCGCCUUUCAUCGAAACAUACCCAACUUUAUGAUUCAGGGUGGUGAUCCGUCGGGAACUGGCAAAGGCGGUUCAAGUAUAUGGGGCAAGUACUUUAACGACGAGUUUGACGGACCACUCACGCAUAACAGCAGAGGCAUAUUGUCCAUGGCCAACAAGGGGAAAAACACAAACUCCAGCCAAUUCUUCAUCACUUACAAGGCAACUCCCCACCUCGACCGGAAACACACGAUAUUUGGACUCGUGGUCGACGGCAAGGAUGUCCUCUCCAAGAUGGAGGCGGUUCAGACGGACGGGUCCAACAGACCUCUGAACAAGAUAUUCAUCAGAGACGUGGUCGUGUUUGUAGACCCCUUUGAGGAGUUCCAGACACAGAGGAAGGAGCAGGAACGGCAAGAGCACGAGCAGGAAGAGAUCCGUCGCAAAGGCGGCACUGAUGACGACAGGACGACUUGGACGGGGAAGCGGAUACGAGGGGAUGGCACGAUCGUCUCGGCCGAGGGAAAGGAGAGUGUGGGCAAAUAUUUAAAUAAAGGUGCUGUUUCAGGUAAUGGGGGUGAUGAGCCAGAGGCUAUUGGCUCAAGGCUAGAGGAUUGGCAAGAACCAGCGCGGAAGAAGAUGAAGGGAAGUGGAGGCUUUGGCAACUUUGAUAGUUGGUAG